UGGCGCAGCGACAGCAUGCAGUAUGUGACCACCAUGAAGUCGAGGGCUUUAGGGGCCAGGGGGGAUCUGGAACUCAUUCUGCUGUCUCUUCUCCUGCUGUCCUGGGAGAACAAACUUCUUCAGGUUGGAGGAGUCAAAUCAGUCACACUCCCAGAGUCCCUCUUGUUUGUCUCCACUCUGGACGGCAGUCUGCAUGCUAUCUCCAAGCAGACAGGACACAUCAAGUGGACUUUAAGAGAAGAUCCUGUUGUUCAAGUGCCUAACUACUUUGAGGAGCCUGGUUUUCUCCCAGAUCCUAAUGAUGGCAGUUUGUACAUCCUUGGUGGAAAACAUAAGGAGGGCUUGAUGAAACUGCCUUUUACCAUCCCAGAGCUGGUUCAAUCUGCCCCCUGCAGAAGCUCUGAUGGCAUGCUCUACACAGGGAAAAAACAUGACGUGUGGUUCGUAGUGGAUCCUGAAACGGGUGAAAAGCAAACAAGUUUAACCACCUCCUCCUCUGAGUCCAUCUGUCCCAACACUCCAUUGCUCUACAUUGGACGCACUGAGUACAUGGUUACCAUGUUUGAUACUAAGAUACAAGAGCUUCGAUGGAAUGCUACGUACAACGAUUACUCUGCUCAUCCUUAUGAUGAGAAGCAAAACUACAAAAUGGCUCACCUGGUGUCUAGUGGUGAUGGUCUGGUGGUGACUGUUGACCGGGAAUCAGGUGAUGUACUGUGGACUCAAAACUAUGGUUCACCUGUUGUGGGGGUAUACCUCUAUUAUGAAGAGUCACUGAGACAUGCCCCUCACCUCUCGCUUGCCAUGGAGACGCUGCGCUUUCUCACCUUCUCCUCUGCUAGAGACCAGGCAGAAGCUCACUCUACGUUAAAAUGGAGCUACCAGUUUGUGACGGAGCAAGCCAGAGCACAAACCCAACUAAUACCCACUCUCUAUGUUGGAAAACUUGACUCCCACCUUUAUGCUUCAGCUUCACUCGUCCAUCGUGGAGUAUCAUUAGUGCCUCGGGGACUGACGCUGGCUCGGAUCGAGGGUCCAAUGACUGCGGAGGUGACGGUCAAUCAGAGAGGGGAAUGCGAGAUCACUCCUUCCACUAAUGUCCAAUAUCCACCAGGGAGCACAAACAGCCAGAAGAACCACUGGCUGGUGAUAGGCCACCACGAGGUCCCUCCAUUAGCCCACACCACCAUGCUGAGGGACUUUCCUGCCAAACUGCAGCAUUCUGGUGAGCCAGUUAUCCCACCUCAAACCUCUGGCUCUCCCUUCUCCUCUGCUUCCUUCUACCACCAGCGCUAUUUUCAAGCUGUCUCUGACAGCCACAGUGACCAUAAUACCAAGAAGGAAAGGGUCAGUGAGGAGACCACUGGGCAGACCCAGAGACCUGCCACUGUGUUGCCCAUCUACCUGACCCAGGACCGUCUGACACUGGUAGUUCUGACCAUUCUGGUUGGAGGAUGGCUCUCCUUUGUGAUCACAUUUCCUCUUGUGAGUUCAUCUGUGAAGCGUAAAGCCCAGCAGCUGAAAGCUCAAAGGCAGCUGGAGGAGGUCUUACAGUCUCGCCUUCAGGAAAUGCAGACCAGCAUGCAGACAAAUCUUCAACCAGUCACUUUGGUUUCUGCAGACAGGAGUAUGUCCACUGAACCAACCAUCACAAAUGAUUUUCCGACUGCAUCAAAUGAUAAUUCGUCUAAUAUUCAGCAUCACAGCAGAAGAACAUCAGAGUCAGAUAAAAAUGACUCUGUUGAUCAAAAACCUUCAACUGCAAAAAUUGAUAAUGAAGUGCUGGUAGGAAAAAUCUCCUUUACACCAACUGAUGUACUCGGACAUGGAACUGCUGGGACCUUUGUCUUCAGGGGCAGGUUCGACGGACGUCACAUUGCUGUGAAGAGAAUCCUGCCUGAGUGUUUUGAGGUAGCCGAACGAGAAGUGGAGCUUCUCCGAGAAUCAGACACACACCCCAACGUUAUCCGAUACUUCUGCACAGAGAGAGACCGCCUCUUCACCUACAUUGCCAUCGAGCUAUGUGCUGUGACUCUGCAGCAGUAUGUGGAGGAUUCCUCUUGCUUUCCUGAGCUGGAUAAUAUAACUCUUCUGGAACAAACCAUGUGUGGCCUUUCUCAUCUGCAUUCGCUCAAUAUAGUCCAUCGUGACCUCAAGCCCAGAAACAUUCUCCUCUCUGGGCCAAAUGCUCUGGGUCACGUCCGAGCACUGAUCUCAGACUUUGGACUGUGUAAGAAGAUCCCAGAUGGUCGAAGCAGCUUUUCACUGCGCUCUGGAAUACCAGGAACUGAAGGCUGGAUAGCUCCGGAAGUGCUGCGAGAGACGCCUGGAAACAAGCCUACAUCAGCGGUGGAUGUGUUUUCAGCAGGCUGUGUGUUCUACUACGUAGUCAGCAGAGGGCAGCAUCCUUUUGGCGAGGCACUGAGACGACAGGUCAACAUCCUUUCAGGAGAGUACUCACUCUCACACUUCAUGGAUGACAUUCAUGAUGAUGUCAUAGCAAAGGACUUGAUUGAGCAAAUGAUCAGCGUUGACCCAGAGUCCCGGCCCUCCACAGCCUGUGUGCUCAAGCAUCCAUUCUUCUGGAGCCCUGAGAAGCAGCUGCUCUUUUUCCAGGACGUCAGCGACCGCAUAGAGAAGGAGCCAGCAGAGAGUCCGAUUGUGGUCAGACUGGAGACUGCAGGCAGAGCAGUGGUCCGAACCAACUGGAGGAUGCACAUCUCUGUCCCUCUGCAGACAGAUUUGAGGCGGUUCAGGACGUACAAAGGAAACUCGGUGAGAGAUCUACUCCGAGCCAUGAGGAACAAGAAACAUCACUACCAUGAGCUGCCACCAGAGGUCCAGGACACCCUUGGGGAACUUCCAGAAGGCUUUGUUGGCUACUUCACCUCCCGGUUUCCACGGUUACUGAUGCACACGCAUGCCGCUCUGCAAAUCUGCACCCAUGAGAGACUCUUUCACCCUUACUAUCUGCCACCCAAAGCCAAAUAGCUUUCACAUGACUCAGCCCUCCAUGUUUUAUGCACAGAAAGAAAAAGAGCCUUUUACAGUUUCCUAUUAUUGCUUUUGUAAAGCCUACCCUGUUUCAGGGGGAGGUUACAGUGCUGUGAAAAAGUUUUUAUAUGGCUUUGGGAGUUUUAUAAAGUAUUUUUAAUGGGUUUUAUUAGACAUUUUCUUUACAAAGGCUGUAAAUGAUUUUUUUAAACACCCUUUUUAAGAGAAAAAAUGCUUCUGAGAACUAAAACACUAAAUAAAUAGGAAUACCAUUAUUAUCAAGGCCUGGUAAAAAGCUUUAAAAGUUCACUAUCAUGCUCUGAAAGCAGGAUUUCAUGUCUUUUGUUCUCAAAACAUUGAACACUUUGGCUUACAUUUAUAUUUUGAAAGCAUCCACAGAUCUAUUGAUCUAGAUAAAUAGGUAGAUCCUCUAUGUAUGUUAGUGUUAUUUUUUUGAAAUAAAGUUAAAAAAAAAGUAUGUUUGACACGGAAAAUGAAGUAUCAGAAACUCUAAAUACUAAACAGGUUUUCAAGAUUUUUUUUACUGUAAACCUUAUUCAAACAGCUUUCAUAGCUACAUUUUCAAGGAAAUUUAUUUUUUUAGUGUUUUUAAAUUGGAUUGAUACAUGGUUCAGCAUAUUUAAAUAUUCUUAUUGGGGUAAACAUAAUAGAUUCGGAAUAGAAUAUUUUGAUAUUGAUGUAUGAUGAGCAUCUUACAUAGCACACGACCUGUCAUAUAUUAGCCUUCAUUGUGGCGACUGAAUUCUAGUAUUACACCAAGCACCAGAGCUAAUAUUAGCUGGCAUUUUGCUGGUGGACAUAAAUACAGUAUAGUAAUAUUCUAUUCAUAAGAUAUAAACGGUAAUAUAUCCAUCUUACUUGUGAAAUGUAAAUUGUUUCAUCACAAUUUCUUACCUGGCAACCAAAGGCCAAGUCUAGCACCCUGACCUGUGGAGUGGAGCUCCACCCACUUUAUUACAAGAUGUUACACAUAUGCCGCGUAACAAGUAGUGCACUAACCGGGUAACGUGCGCUUCGAUUUUUACCAAGUUACCGCUGCAGUGGCUACUGGAAAAAGAAAAUGUUUUGCUGUCAGGUGCGAUACAGAGCAUGCGUUCAUGCAUUUUCUCCCAGUCACAUAGAACAGAGUUGCAUGGCUUCAUUUUAUUUUUGCUUGCAAUGUCCAUGUGAUGUUGCAAAAGACAACUGUAAUUUAUACAGAUCAGAUUAGUAAGGAAUCCUUUGAAAACUAUCAACAGAACAUGACAGAAUUUACCAAAGACUGGGAAUGAAGGAAGGUUCUGCUCCUCCUCUUAAACUCAAAUCUGCAGAUGAUGGCGAUGUAAGUAAAUAAUGGUAUCUUGUGUGUUUUGUAGUGUUGUUUGGUAUGAACAUCAUUUGUCAGUACAAUUCCAGUAAACUGGGAUUGUAACUACUUUGACAAGAUGAGGUAUUUGUGAAAACAUCUCAGACUCCUGGACAUAGUUUUGACAUCUUGAAAGAAAUGCUUGUCCUCUAACCUCGCUAAUAUAUAUUUUAGCAUUUGUCUGCUAAUGCAUUUGCGGACACAAAAACGAUCUUUGUGCUGAAUUAGUGUGCUGAUGUCAUUUGCUCAACUUCACAUCAUAGCACAUUGCCCCAAAGCACAGCAGAAUCUUCAAAGUUUGAAUUAAUAACUAUGUAAAUGUGCGUCAAAUCCGCCACUUUUAAUCCUUCAGUGGUUGUGGGUGGCUGGUUGUUCAUGAGGCUUCACUUCUGCUUCUGGGUCUGAUUUGGAGUCAAAAAUAUAUGGUUGUACCACUGUGCCUUUGUCUUCAGCCAUUUUCACAUGUCUGCUAAUGGAAACAGUGAGUUGAGAGAACUUGGGCAGCUUAUUUGCAUAAGCAUGAUGUAACCCUACAACAGUGCAUUCCUAAAUGAGCUCAAAACAGGCAAACUGAUGGGGUGAAAUCUUAAUAUCUGAGAAUAAUUUUGUAUAUUAAAUGUAAAGAGCAUGUUGUGUAUAGUCCAUAGACCUAUCCUAGCCUGAGUCUAUCCAAGCAUAAUAGUGGACCUUUAAAAUGAAUGACUCUUUUACUAAAUCUAUUCAGACGUGUGGAGAUUAAUAUAACUGCCUUACAUGAAUGACCAGGUUCUCCUGUCUUUGUCAUUUUGAAGAAUGGAUACUAAAAAUAGGCCUCUGUUCAGCAGGGAAAUAUAUUUAUUUAAAAGUUGUUGGGCACUCUGAUCAGCUGUCCAUUAUGUCACACGUUUGAACAGAAUGGUGUCACAAGGUCGCUGGUGGGGCUGGUGCCAACCUCCAGCGGUCAGCCGACGAGAUGCGGGUUACACUAGACAGGUCGCCAAUCCAUCACAGGGCAACACAGAGAGGACAAACAACCACAUACUCACAUGGAGAAUUUAGAGAGACUAAUUACCCUCUAAAUUAGAGAGUAGAAGGAAAACGGAGUAUCCAGAGAACGCACACAUGCACAAGGAUAACAUGCAAACGCCAUACACGGGACUUGAACCUAGGACCUUCUUGCUGCAAGGCCACAGUUCUAUCAACAGCACCACCUCAAUCUGACCAGCUAUUGAAGUAUUUAUUAAUUUUAAUUCUAUUUAGAUGCGCCAAUUAACAACAAUUAUUGUCUUAAGUCAAUCCAUUUAUAUAGACAAAUUCCAUAUAAAUAAAUGUGGAAAUUCUUAGAUAUGUUACGGCUAGCACCAUAAAUUAUUUACUUAAUUUGUUUGUUUUUAUUUUCCAUUUGGUUCUGUAAUUUUUACAUUUCUAGCUGGUUUUGGAGGUCCACAUUAAAUCCAACUAAAUCAACUUUGUUCUAAAAAAAAGAAAAAAAUAAUUAGUAUUUAAUAGGGUUUAGGUCAGCAGGCCAAUCGGAUGGCUGUUUUCUUUGGAGUUUUGCUGGUUUUUUAUUUUUUAUUUUUUUUAAGGAAAGUUCAAUGGGAUUUUUUUAUUACUUUUUUUAACAUUUAUCAAUUGGUCAGUGCUCGGGGGUGGGGGGUUCUUGUCUUCUUUCAGAAAAUCGAAUUAAUGUUCAUUUUCUCUGAUAAACAUUAAUUAGAAUGUUGCUUGGGAAGACCUUAUUUCUAAAUGUAGACUUGUGGUUUUAUUUUCACUGCGACAGACUGGCAACCUGUCCAGGGUGACCCCGCCUCUCGCCCAGAACGCAGCUGGAGAUAGAUACCAGCAACCCUCCCAACCCCAUAAGGGACAAGGGUGACCAGAAAAUGGAUGGAUGGAUGGUUUUAUUUUCAAUUAUUUUACUUCAUUUUUUUGAGGUCUUUUUUUUUUUCCUUCUGAUUGAAUGUUCUGAGCUACAUUUUUCAAGAGUUUUUAAACCUUUGUGUGAUUACUGCAGUAAAAUAGGAUUUUAUUAUCAGGUUUUUUUCACAUCUUCAGUAAGAGUAGCACUACAUGUGGAGGGUACUAUGUCUCUGUGAAAAGGUGUUUUACCAAAAAAAUACCUCCAGGCUAAAAUUGGAAACAUUUGACAGUACAAAUAGUUUUAAGCUUUGGUGCCCAAAACAUAUCUCAAAUUGCAAAAUAAUAUUUUCACCAAUGUUGCUAAUAAAAAGUUUCACUUUUGUAUUAAACUUAUUGUAAGUCGCAAGAAAACCUGCUCAGGGUGUCCAAAAAUUAUUUUAAAAGAAAUAUUUUUAGAGCGAAAAGUAGAUUUGAAUGAAAUUCAGAAACUGUCACCAGACAAACUUUGUGUGAGCACUGUGAGUUCUUGAAUCUGGACACACCUUACAUACUGGAAACAACAUAAAAAAAGAAAAUAUUUGCAUAUCAGAAAACAGAUACUUCAUUUGAGCAGGUAAACAUUGCACUCUUGUUGCUGCUCAAUGUCUCCACCGUUGGUUGUUUUUUACUUUGUGUUUGUGUAUCUGACUACAUUUUUUGUUGAUGGUAGCUACACUGACUCCCUCCCUAAAGCAGAACUUGGAGCAUCAUGGUUUCAGACAGCACCACAGAUGUAAUUCAGACAAGAAUGAGAAGUUCUGGUCAUUUAGCCUUUAAUGAAUGUAGAAACAUAAAGCUACAUGCCUGAGUGGAUGGUUUUGGAUCUGCUGUUGGUUGGAUCACCACUUCUAAGUAAAAAUCUGCACUUAAACAUGCCAGAAAAAUGCUUUUUUGUUGUUUUGUUUUUUUAUUAUAACUGCUGGAUGCAAGCUUGUUGUUUCUGUUUCUUUACCAGCACAAAUGAUGAAAAAAUAAAACUUUUGUACUUUUUGGAAUUGCGCGAAUUAAAGCAAUGCUUUGGGUGUUCCAAAGGAUAAAUUAACUAGUUUCAGUUUCAUUACGUUUUCUGUUUCUAAAUCAAGUAAUAUUAGAGAGAAGAAAUCAUCAGACAGAAAAUGGCAUACUAUUCUGCGUAAAAGUUUUAGACCAAUUCUAAUUUUCCAGACAGACUGCCUUAUGAAGCCUGCUCCUUUCAGGCUUCAUAGAAGCUUGCUAACCAAAGAGAACAUUAAGACUAGUGGAGGACAAAAGAGGUCAGAUCAUGUCUAGGACUUCUACAGUGCCUCCACCUAUUGCAAGACCUGUAUAGCUAUGUGUUUUGGGACCAGUAAAUAAAAUCUAAUGUUCAUAAAGCACAACACAGUACCUGAGAGAUGCAUCAUUUUCAAGGUUCAUGCACCAACCUAAGAUCCAAUAUUUUGUCUUAAAACUUUUUGUUUUGUCAUUGGGACAGGAUAGAGCUGAAAAAAGGCAGAACACUGUAACCCUGUCAAAGACGGAUCUCAUUUAAAGGGGCAGUAUUAUGUAAAAUUGACUUUUCUGCAUUAUGUUAUAUUAUUCCCUCAUCAAAAGCAUACCUGGAGUGUUGCCUUGAUUUUUUUUAAUGCAUUUUGAGAACUAUUUUAAUAUCCUUGGCAAUCAUUCAGCUGUUCAAAAUGCCUGGGUGGACCUAACCCAGCCUUCAAUGCACUGCUCCUCCUGCAAUUUCUGAGCUGCAGAGCUUCCCACCUCUCAGAACAGCUCUCCGCCACUGCACCCCCACUCAGCUCCUUUCAGACUAGCAAGCACCUGGUGGAACUACACAUUACUGAGCUCAUUAAAUGUGCUACUUCUCUGUGAAAUGCUGGUAAAAAUGUUUUAAAGGGUUAGUAGAGAAGCCAUGUCGAGUUGACUUUAUGAAGGUGGAGAUUUAGAAAGAGAGUUUAUAAAGAAACAGGUCCCAUUUCAAGGCACUAAAUUACAAAGUAAAUGUUUUAAAGUCAUGUUUAUUAAACACAUUAUUUUGUGUUUUCACAAGCAGAGAAAAGAACAGAAUCAUACGCUGUGCUGCCUAUCACAUUACAUGAGUAGAUAAUGUUCAUAUGCUUCACACUGAUCAUUUAUAAGCUUUAGUAAUUCAACGUUCAACAACUACAGAUGCACUGUUUUAUGUUAGUGAACACACUUAAAUGUGUAAGAUAAUGGAUGGAGGGAAAGCAUCAUUAGGGACAAGGAACAUAAAGCAUAUAAGUCAGAGACAAAAGUAGUGGAUAAUUUUAAAGGUAAAAAACAAUUUCCCAUGUUGGAGCAACUCUUGAAGCAUGGUUGUGCAAUGUAAAAAACUUUCAACUUUAGGGAAAGCUGAAAGAUACAUAUGAGUAUCCUCACCUAGGCUACUCAGGUGAGGACAAGAAAGUCUUGUCCUGUUUGUGUUUUCAGUAUCUUGAGAAAUAUGCACCAGCUCUCGUUUGGCAAGCUAGUUGAGUUUUUAAAUAAGCACUAAGUACUGAUAGAUAGGAUAGCAUACACCGUUAACGUGUGGUUUUAAGUAGAUGCGUUUGUCGGUUUUCUUAGUCCCCGUCAGAUAUUCUUUAGAAAUAAAUUUACAGAUGAGGAACGUUUACUGACAUGUAUCAUAAGUGUUACAGAAAAAAAAAAUCUGAGUUUCAAAUGUAUUUAAACCAACCUUUAUUAUUUUGAAGAAAGCAUGAAGCACUGGGAAGAUCAGUGUUGUUUCAACAGCAAGAAAAAGACUGAACGAAAGCAUUCACUGUAGAGGAUUAAAUGAUGUGAGGCCAAAUUCUGGAAGGGGAUUGCUAUUAGAGGUUGUUUUUCACUUUAACUGCAGAAAACUAAAAGUUAAAUUUGAGUAACCUAACGUAAGCCAGUCACAUCAUCUUAAGAAGUACAUGUACAAAUGAGGAAGAUUUACUUAAAUGUAUCACACUAGCAAGUGUUACAGAAAAAAAUCUAUAAGAGUUUAAAAUUUAAAUGACAGUUUUCGGAACGGAUAAAGGAAAUCACAAACUCAUAGUCAGCACUGACUAAUCGUGUCACCAUAAAUAAUGCAAUAAAACAGUUAAACUGUAGGUUUUCUUUAGAGGUAUGUGUUUACUCUUAGGCAGGGACACGCACGGAUGCACAAAUGGCUUGGUGAGCAAAACGUUAGGUAAAUACAAGAUUCUAAAUCUAAACUUCUCUAGAAAAGGUGACAAACUAUAUUAUUCUUCAUACUGAUUAUCACUUAUUGUUUUUCAUGCUUUAAUUGUGUUAUACUUUAAUUGUGGUCACAUGUGCGCACACCCCUCCACCACUCUCUCACACACACCCCCAUCCACCCACCCGCGCACACGCACACUAAGCACCACUGCCAUCGACCCUCCCCUUUGUGGCCUUUGUCUGUUUGUCACUGUCUCCUCAUUCUAUGCCAACUGUUAGCCUGUACCUAGCAGUAAAUGUUUAUUGUUGAUCCCUUUUAAUUUCAUUCUUCCUAAACCUCAUAGAGGUUGGAAGGAGUUUACAAAAGCAAGGUGUCACAAAGAUGGUGAGCAAAUGUCCUGACCAUCUUGAAGGAUAGUCAGGACACACUAACGACACACUAGUGCAGCGGUCAGGUGUGCUUUCCCACUUUAGCUCCAUAGAUCCUUCCAUCCAUCUCUUCUGUUUGUCUGGGACUGGGUCAUGGGGCUGGCAGCCUAAGAAGGGAGCCCCAGCUUCUCUCUCCCCAACCACUUGUUCCAGCUCCUCUGGAGGAAUCCCAAGGCCUUCCCAGGCCAGCCAAGAAAUAUAGUCCCUUCAGCAUGUCUGGGGCCUCCUCCCGGUGGGACGUUCCCGGAACACUUCACCAGAGAGGCAUCCAGGAGGCAUCCUAAGCAGAUGCACAAGGCACCUCAACCGGCUCCUCUCAACUGGAAGGAGCAGCCACUCUCUCUGAGUCCCUCCCAAACUUCUCACCCUAUCUCUAAGGGAACCCAUUUCACCCACGAGAUACUUACUUAAACUCCUCCACUUGGGGCAGGACACACCCUUUCCUGCCCCCCACCCCUCGACCCUAUGAGAUAAGGAUCAAACACACCGACCCAGAGAAGGCACUCUACCUUUUCCAGGUUCAAGACUUGGAUUUGGAAGCACUGAUACUCAUCCCGGCCGCUUCACACUCGGCUGCGAACUGCUCCAGCAAGAGCUGUAGAUAAUGACCUGAUGAAACCAAUAGGACCACAUCAUCCGCAAAAAGCAGAGAUGCAACCCUAAAGCCACCAAAACGGAUCCCCUCAGCACCUUGGCUGCAUCUACAAAUUCUAUCCAUGAAACUAAUGAACAGAAUUGGUGACAAAGGGCAGCCCUGAUGGAGUUCAACCCUCACCAGAAACAAAACUGACUUACUGCCGGCAAUGCGGACCAGGCUCCGGGUGAAUCUUAUUCACCCCUGACCCAGAGUCCCCAGGCUUAGCUUUCUCAAUGGAAGGCAUGUUGGGUAGAGUACUUCGAAGACCUCCUCAAUCCCACACCAGCCCACAAUGUCCCGAGUCAAGGUCUGCAGCCCACUAUCCCCAUUAUAAACAGUGUUGGUGCUGAACUGCUUCCCCCUACUGAGGCACCUGAUAGUGGACCAGAAUUACCUCAAAGCCGUGUGGAAGUCUUUCUCCAUGGCCUCUCCAAAUUCCUUCCAUGCCCAAGGUUUUACCUCAGCAACCACCCGAGCCGGAUGCCACUUGAACUGCUGGUACCCAUCAUCUGCUUCCGUGAUGCCACAGGCCAAAAAGGCCUGAUAGGACUCCUUCUUCAGCCUGACAACAUCCCUCACUGAAGGUGUCCACCAACAGGGUUGCCGCCGUAACAAGCACAGACAAUCUUGCGGCCACAGCUCCGAUAAGCCGCCUCGACAAUGGAACCUUGAAACCUUGGACAAUGGAACCUUGCCGGAACCUCUCAAUCUCACACACUAACUCAGACUCCCCACCAGAGAAGUGACAUUCCACAUCUCAAGAGCCAGCAUCUGCAACCGAGGAUCGGAUCGCCAGGGCCCCCUGGGGAUAUCCUCCCUUGGUCACCACCCAUCCCACACUGCACCCGACCCUUUUGGCCUCUCCCAUAGGUGGUGAGCCCAUGGGAUGGGGUACCCAUGUCUCCUCUUCGGGAGACAUGGCCACCAGGCGCUUGCCAACGUGCCCCACCUCGAGGCUUGGCUCCAGGGUGGGGCCCCGGUGACCAUCGUCUGGGUGAGGGAAUACCAAAUCCAACGUUAUUUCUCAUCAUAAGGGGUCUUCAGGCUGUGCUUUUUCUGGUUCCUCACCUAGGACCUGUCUGCCUUGGGUGACCCUACAAGGGGUAUAAAGCCCCAGACAGCAUAGCUGAUCACUGGGACACUCAAAACCCUCCACCACAAUAAGGUGGCAGCCUCUCCAUGGGCUGCCACCUCUCCAAAGGCUUUAGGUUCAAUGCACCAUCUAAUACACAGACGAAGGCAUUACAUAACAGAUUUUAACACAUAUUUCCUCUAGAUACAUUUGGUAUUUUGCAACGCUUAAUGCAACUCGAUAAAAGUGCGCUGGAUAAAGAAUUCAACAUAAACACAAGCAAAUAUUAUACAAGCCUAGUUCAUACACUUUACCUAAUGCUAACAUUAGCGAGCACUAGAGACGGGACAUCAGAAUCUAGGGUUCGAGGUGUGUAUCAAGUAAAAAGGGGGCGUGUCAGAUUAAGCCCGCUUCGACGCUUGUGUUGUCUUGCUGAAAACUGACAACAAAUGAUGCCUUGCAUUACCUGGGACACAUAACUGCUUCGUUUUGCGUGUCAAUUUUCAAAAGAAAAGCGCAAUGAGCCAUGCUGCUUGAUGGGUUGUUGGAGAAAAUUUGGUCGUGCAUCAAAUUACCUACAAUUUGAUAUAGGUAAUAUGCAUUCCGUUCUGACAUCCAAUGCUUGAAUGGAAUGCUGAAUGGCUUCAGCCCAGCCAUUCAGCAGUAGCUGAAGACAAGUAUUGGAUAAGUUAUGAUAAGCGAGAAAAAAAAGUCAAAGUAUGUCCCCUUUUAGGAUAGUGAAAGUCUGGACUUUUCUAUUUGAUAAUAAUUUGCUGUAUGUUUUUUACAGCUUGCUUUUAGUUGUUUGAAGCUUUCUGAUUUUUGAAAAUCACUGCAGCUAACUGAUUGAACUCAGGAAGAACUUCUGCAAGAUCUUUCAUAUGUUUCACUUUAGGAACUCCCAGGUUGAUUAGACCUGAGAUGCAGCUAGGAGGAUUCCAAAUCAAAUUUUGGUGCAUGUUUGCUUGGUUUAAUUUUGUUUUUCUUUCUGUCAUUUCUGUCAUUUGACUUUUUUCACAUGUUCAAAUAAUAUCCUUGUUUUUUGGUAUUGCUAUGAUGAACCCUCUGGCUUUUUCCACUGAUAAGCUUUUCUUUUGUAGCAAACAUGGGAAAAUAAUAAUCCUUCCUUAGAUUUGAAAGACCACAACUAAAGGUUUCACCUUAAACUUUAUGUAUUACUUUAUUGGACCUGCAGAAGGCGUUAUUUGUCCAACACAAAUCUUUUUCAACCUUCUUGUGAUAAAUUGGAAGUCAACCACUGAAAUAUAAAUGAUUUAUAAUAGAUUAUUAUUAUUAUUAUUAUUA